GCUAGAGACUAACCACUUUCCCAAUAAACUAUUAAGCUUACAGAAAUGGUGAAAAUCGAAGUGGACGAGGACGAUGACCGGGUUUCGAAUCCUCCAAAACCCUCUUCUUCCCAAAAGGACCACGACGAGGGCUUCGAGACCGCCAGCGAUGGCGAGUUUGGGGGCAGCGAUGACGACGAUCACCAUACCCAACCGCCUCAAGAAACAGAGGAGCAAAAUCACCACUCCCAAUCGGAUCAACAAGAAGAACAAGUUGUUUCCCGUAAUGAUGACGAUGAGCUCAAUCAGAAAUCCUUAGCACAAGCAAAUGAUGUGAAAUUGGAAGGCAAUCAGCUCUACAGUAACGGGCAAUUUGAGGAGGCACUAUCAAAAUAUGAACUUGCUUUACAACUUGCACCAGAGAUGACUUCAUCUGUGGAAAUACGUUCUACAUGCCAUUCAAAUCGUGCAAUAUGCUAUUUGAAGCUGGGAAAAUAUGAGGAAACAGUCAAAGAAUGCACAAAAGCAUUGGAACUAAAUCCAUCAUACAUAAAAGCUCUGCUAAGAAGAGGAGAGGCUCACGAGAAGCUUGACCAUUUUGAGGAGGCUAUUGCUGAUAUGAAAAAAAUCUUGGAGCUGGAUCCUUCAAAUGACCAAGCCAGGAAAUCAAUUCGCCGUUUGGAACCACUAGCUGAAGAAAAACGAGAAAAAAUGAAAGAGGAGAUGAUUGGGAAGCUGAAAGAAAUGGGCAACUCUUUGUUGGGUCGCUUUGGAAUGAGCGUCGACAACUUCAAGGCUGUCAAAGAUCCAAACACCGGCUCCUAUUCUGUUUCGUUCCAACCUUAGUUAUGCUGCUGGUGCGAGACUAGAAGAAGCACUCUAUUUUUUAUGUGCAGGUAAAAGAAGAUAUAGGAAUUCAGAAUUUAUGGACAUUAUUUUUAUGACAUAUGAGUGAACCCUCUAUAAAACCAGUAUGUAAUUUUGUUACUUUCACAAGACUUUAAAUUAUUGAAAGAUUUCACUUGUGUUGUUUGUAUGAAGAAAACUUUGUUGGGUUACCCUCCUUUUUCUGAAUGAGUGUGGUUUCAUUGCUA